UCCACGCACUCAGGGAUCAGAAGCCGAGGUGUCACUCAGGGAAGAAAAGGUCAGCACCCCCAUGACUGAGGAAGAGGAUGAAGAGCAGGAGGAGAGAGAGGAAGAGGGGGACGAGAGGCAGGGUAAGGAAGCAGGUGAGGUAGUGGAAGAGGAAGAGGAGGAUCAAGCCUCUCCUACCACAGUGGUUAUAGAAGUCCAUUCUGAGGAGGAUGAUGACGAGGAUCAGGAGGAGGAUGAGGAGGAGGAAGAGGAGGAGGAGGAGGAGGAGGAGGAAGGAGAGGAGCAGGACCGUGUCUCAGAGGGCUCAGGAAUCACAGACGACUCAGAGAACUGGGACAUGACCCGAGGGAACCUGGGGUUGCUGGAGCAGGCCAUUGCCCUGAAGGCGGAGGAGGUGAAGGGGGGUCAGGAGGUCCGCAGCUCCCCAGAGUACCAACCAUACGGCUCCUCCAGCAAGAGCUGUGAGCCUGCUGCUGUGUCCCGCCGCACCCCCCACUACAGCAAAGAGAAGAAGGAAGUGAAGUGUCCUACCCCAGGGUGUGAUGGGACAGGUCAUGUGACUGGGCUGUACCCUCACCAUCGCAGUCUGUCUGGAUGUCCUCACAAAGACCGAAUCCCUCCAGAGAUCCUGGCCAUGCAUGAGAACGUCCUGAAGUGUCCGACUCCUGGAUGCACAGGCCAAGGUCACGUCAACAGCAACCGCAACACACACCGCAGUCUGUCUGGCUGCCCCAUAGCAGCAGCUGCUAAACUCAACAAGAACCAGGACAAGCAGGUUCACUUACAGGCCUCAGCCAGUGAACCAUCCUCCAACUCUGACAGAGUGCUCAGGCCCAUGUGUUUUGUGAAACAGCUGGAGAUCCCUCAGUAUGGCAGCUACCGGCCCAACACGGUGACCACCACGCCGCGAGCUAACCUGGCCAAGGAGCUGGAGAAAUACUCCAAGGUGUCUUUUGACUAUGCAAGCUUUGAUGUCCAGGUGUUUGGAAAGCGCAUGCUGAUCCCAAAGACACCCAGCUCCGCUGAAACAUCACCCAAAGCCUUCAAAACUAAAUCAUUCCCUAAGGCCUCCUCCCCCAGCCACAGUGUGUCUGGAGGAUUCUCCAAGAGCGCCUCAUCCUCCAGUGGUUAUGACUAUAGCCAAGAUGCAGAGGCAGCCCACAUGGCAGCAACAGCCAUCCUCAACCUGUCCACCCGCUGCUGGGAGAGACCGGAGACUCUCAGCACCAAGCCCAGGGAGCCCUGCGCAAAGGAGUCGGACAUCGAAGUGGAUGAAAACGGCACUUUGGACCUCAGCAUGAAGAAAACUAAGAGGGAGGGCAUGCAGUCUCCAGAGCCUUCAUCCUCCUCGUCUUCAUCCUCUCAGCAUGUUGGAGCCACCUUGUCUCAGGGCCAAACUCAGCCAGAGUGGGAGGGGCCACUGGACUUCACCAAACCAAGUGGAGUCAAAGAAGAGGACCAUGAGGAGGUGGAGUAUACGGCUCCCUCAUACACCUCAUCUGAUGGGGAGGAAGAGGACCAGGAGAACCUGGAGGACAGGAAGUACCCCGGUGAGGUCACCACCAGCAGCUUCAAGGUCAAGUUUCAGCCCAAAGACAGCAAAAAAGAGGUUCUGGUAUGUCCCACCCCGGGCUGUGAUGGCAGUGGACACAUUACUGGAAACUACGCAUCCCAUCGAAGUCUGUCUGGCUGUCCUCUUGCUGAUAAGUCACUUCGGACCCUCAUGGCUGCCCACACAGCUGAACUGAAGUGUCCGACUCCAGGCUGUGAUGGAUCAGGCCACAUCACUGGAAACUAUGCUUCACAUAGAAGUCUGUCCGGGUGCCCCAGAGCCAAGAAGAGCGGGGUCAAAUCAGUCCCCACCAAAGAUGACAAGGAAGACUCCGAGCUGCUGAGGUGUCCAGUUCCCGGCUGCGACAGUCUGGGCCACAUCAGUGGGAAGUACGCCACUCAUCGUAGCGCCUACGGCUGUCCACUGGCAGCACGUCGGCAGAAGGAAGGUCUUCUUAAUGGCACCCCCUUCUCCUGGAAGGCCUUCAAGACCGAAGGCCCGACCUGCCCAACGCCAGGCUGUGACGGCUCCGGCCAUGCUAACGGCAGUUUCCUGACUCACCGCAGUCUGUCAGGUUGUCCCAGAGCGUCAGCCAACAAGAAGAGAGCCAAGUUCCCCGGAGACGAGUACAUUACUGCAAAGUUCAGAGCCAGUGACGUUCUGGACAACGAUGAGGACAUCAAACAGCUCAACAAGGAGAUCAAUGAACUGAAUGAGUCCAACUCAGAGAUGGAGACUGACAUGAUGAACCUGCACACUCAGAUCUCUUCAAUGGAGAAGAACCUGAAGAGCAUGGAGGAGGAGAAUAAACAGAUUGAGGAAAGGAAUGAGGCUUUGUUCCUGGAGUUAUCUGGUCUGAGUCAGGCCCUGAUCCAAAGCCUGGCCAACAUCCGCCUGCCCACCAUGGAGCCGCUGUCCGAGCAGAACUUCGACAGCUACGUGGACACCCUGACCCACAUGUUUACUAAUAAAGACUGCUACCAGAACCCUGAGAACCGGGCCCUGCUCGAGUCCAUCAAUCAGGCUGUGAAAGGCAUCGAGGUGUGACAGAGUAGGGCCACGGUCCCCACAGCAACACUCUUUCUUUCCAUACCUUUAGAUACUGUAUGUAAUUAAUUCUUCUGAUUUGGAACUUUGUCAUCUGUUGUUUGCGUUUGUUUCCUGUUUGCAUGUUGCUUUAUGAUGGUGUGAGUGUGAAGAGACGAGGGUGUGGAUCAAACUGUGACUGUGCACACAGAGCAGUGAACAGAUUAGUUAGUGAACAUAUCCCAUUACACAAUAAUGUUGAUAGUAUCUAUAAGAGCAUAGUGAUGUUGCACCUCCAGGACUAGUUUGUAGAUUCAUUCUUACAAUUGCUGUGUAACUAUUUAAGUCCUUUGCAAAUGUUGGUUUAAUAACAACUUAUUUACUCAUGUCUGCUGUAUUAUUUUUGUGUUGGCUUAUUUAUGAAACAUUAUCUAUUUAUUCAGUUUUUUUUAUUUAUUUGAAAAUGCUACCUGAGAAGAUUUUAACCAGUAACCAAGAGAAGGUGAUCGUUUCCUCUGCACUGUUGAACAAAGAGGAAAUAUUUUAAGAUAUCAACUAUGAAUUGUUUUAUAAAUCUUAUUAUUUAUUUAAAAUACAGGAUCUUUUUAAGUGCAAAUAUUUUGUAACUGAAAGUUUUUAAUAAUUUUCUAAAAUAUUUUUUGGUGCUUAUGUUUAUAUGAUUUUCCUUUUUAUUUCCACAAACUAUUUUCAGUACAUUGCAAUACACUGUGAAUAUUGAGCUGCACAUAUUUGUUAUUUAUUUGGUGAUGAAGAACAAAGUGAUGGUGAAUAUUUAUUUUGUAUCGUCUGUGUUAAUGAUGGCUGUGUCAGGAUUAGUCUUUAAGUUGCUCUUGAAAUAAAGGUUAACCCACAGUGCAUGUG